AUGCCUGCGACUGCUAGUGUUGACGCGCUUCCCCUCCUCCUCCGCCUAGACUCUUCUUCAGUGGCCACCACACGGCCGCCUCCUAAGCACCAGACGCACUACAGAGGCGUCCGGAAGAGGCCGUGGGGCCGUUUUGCGGCGGAGAUCCGAGACCCCUGGAAGAAGACCCGUAAGUGGCUGGGCACCUUCGACACGGCGGAGGAAGCCGCUCUAGCCUACGACGAGGCCGCCGUCAGCCUCCGUGGUCCCAAAGCCAAGACUAACUUCGGCUUCAUCCUCCCUCCUCCCUCGCCAGCUAGUCUUCCUCCUCCGCCGGUGAGAUCGGAGUACAGGGGCUACAAGAUGGAGAACUUGGCGGUCAUGACCACUCAGACUCAGCACGACACCAAAACAUCCUCGUCUCCAGAGAAAAGGCCCUUUCUUUUCGAUUUGAAUCUGCCGGCACCGCUCUUCUGAUGAGUAUCAAAUUAAUGUUGUUUGGUCUGGUCU